CACAAGCACAUACACAGACAUAUACACACACGACAGUAACUUCCACCCACCAAAUCCAAUCACAAGGCUUCGGUCAGCCCGGGGCUAUAGCAGAAGACACUCCCCCAAGGUGCCACGCGGUGGGACUGAACCCGAAACCAUGUAGCUGGGAAGCAAGCUUCCUAACCACACAGCCAUGCCCAAACAUUUUUCCAUCAGAGUGGUGUGGUGGCCAUAAUGAUCUCGAAGGGUGCCAAUAUCAACGGCCAGGACCACCUUGGUAACACUCCUCUCCAUUGUGCCGUGGAGAAGAACAGAGAAGACAUGGUAAAAGUCAUAUUAAAGACAAAAGUAAAAAAGUUCAAUAAACAAAACAACAAUGGUAGGACCCCUCUGCAUUUGGCCUGUAUGAAGGGACACAUAGACAUCGCUCACCAUCUCCUGCAGUGUAACCCUGACGUGAAUAUAAGGGAUAACACCGGGUCCACUCCACUACACGUGGUUUGCAAUGAAGGGGACACGGACAUCGUUCGACUGCUACUGCACUUGCCUAACACCAAUGUCAGUAUGGCGGACAAUGAUGGUAACUCGCCUCUCCACCAUGCCGCUCACUGUGGACACACAGUCAUUGUCCGGCUGUUACUGCACCAGACUGGCAUUCAUCUGAAUAUAGUGAGCAAUAGUGGUGACACGCCUCUACACCUGGCAGUUCUAAAGCAACACUAUGAUGUGGUGGCAUUGAUGUUGUCCCAGAGUGAUGUGGCAGUGGAUAUCAAGAACGGUAACAAAAUGACACCCUUGCUCCAAGCCAUCUCCGGGGGCCACCUCGGAAUGAUCCACAAGCUACUUUCUCAUGGCGCAGAUAUAAAUGCUGUCGACAAUGAUGACAACAAUUGUCUGCACCUUGCUGUGAAGAAAGGGAUGUUUCAUUCGGAGGGUGAAGCCUUGGGCAUUUUAGACGAGUUCUGCACAAAGCUUGAACUGAGCCUAGAAAACAAGCUUGCUGGCUGCGUAGUUGCAGAGUAUUUGGCCUACCACGGGGCCAACUUUUACCAUGAAAACAAAAGAAAGCAGACCCCAAUGGAUCUCAUUGAAGAUCCAGGCUUAAGGGAGAAAAUGAAAACGUUUUUCCCACCACCAUUGCCGUGUAUGUGGUGUGAAGAAAAUAAACCUACGAUAACAUUCCGUCCCUGUGGACAUUCUGUUAUCUGUGAGGAAUGCUGCUCCAAAAUUCCUCUUAAAAAAUGUCCAGAGUGUUUAUUAUGUAUAACUGGUAAAUAUGGAGUUGAUGGGUCCCCGUUUGAUGCAGAAUCUAUAUCUACGUGUACAAUAUGUAUGGAACGGCAUUGGAACAUGGUCUUUCAGUGUGGCCAUACCACUUGUAAAGAAUGCGGAGGCAAAAUUAAUCAGUGCCAUUUGUGUCGGAAAACAAUUGAGACAAAGAUUAUUGUUAGACAAUGACUGACCUCAUUGAUUUUUGUCACUUCCAGUUGUUGUUCUGUUAUCUCACCUUGUCACCACCAGCCUUUAUCAGAUACAUAUGUACACCACCAUGUAGUGGCGCGUGUGGCCGCCAUCUUGGGAAGUGCCAUUGCGCAUGUGCAAGGGACUUGCCGUCAGCGCGGAAGUACCCAGGCACGCAUGCACAAUGCAACAGGUGGAGAGAAAGCAAUAGCGUUCGUCCUCUUCUCUAUCUAGCAGCGGUGGUGACAACACGUAUCUUCCAUUGCCCUCUCAACUCAAUACCGACAUGUGGUCGAAGCUUCCUUGGUAUUCUAGCGGCAUGCCUGUUCACCCAGGAACGAAACGGCUCUACACCAACCUAGAAUAAAUUAUUGAUCUGUUGUUACCGUUAUCGCUCGUGUUGUUGUAUUUCUGGAUUUUAAUGAUUGAUAUAAGAACUGGGGAGAGAUGGCCGAGCUGUCAUAUCCCAUCCAAUUCUUAUACACUAUUUCUCGUUGCCUCCACCCUUUAUCACAUACUAGCUUAGAAGCAGCACUCCAUGUGGUCAUUUUUGUUAGCUCCACAGACCCAAUUUUAAAAGAACUCUAAAACUUUGUAUACAUUUGUCCACAGCCAGCUUGAGUUGUUGCCAGUCCAUGAUCCAUUGCUGUAUUGUGUCCAAGUCUGAUUGCAAUAAAGAUCUAUACUGUACAG